AUGAGUAGGACUGAAUUAUCGAGGUCCAAGCCACCGGCGGUUCCUUUGGGAACUCUGAUUGGCCGUGAGAUUCGAAAUGAAAAAGUUGAAAAACCUUUCGUGAAGUAUGGACAAGCUGGAUUGGCCAAGAAAGGAGAAGAUUACUUUCUGAUCAAGACAGAUUGCCUCAGGGUUCCUGGGGAUGCAUCGACGGCGUUUUCUGUCUUUGCGAUCUUUGAUGGGCAUAACGGGAUAUCAGCUGCUAUUUUUGCAAAGGAAAACUUGCUAAGUAAUGUUUUGAGUGCAAUACCCCAAGAUAUUAGCAGGGAUGCAUGGCUUCAGGCCCUUCCUCGCGCACUGGUUGUUGGUUUUGUGAAGACUGACAUAGAGUUUCAGCAAAAGGGGGAAACUUCCGGAACAACAGCUACAUUUGUUUUGGUUGAUGGAUGGACUAUAACUGUUGCAUCUGUUGGGGAUUCACGCUGCAUAUUAGAUACUCAGGGAGGUGUUGUUUCUCUCUUGACAGUUGAUCACAGACUGGAAGAGAAUGCAGAGGAAAGGGAGCGUGUGACUGCCAGUGGUGGUGAAGUAGGAAGACUCAAUGUAUUUGGAGGCAACGAG